CAGUUUUCACUGAGCAUUCAAGGCAGGCGGUUCGAUUCGUUUUGUUUUGCAUCGUUUCGUUUCGGUACAAUUGUGCUUAUUUUAUUUCUGAUGGUUGCGCGGAACACGUAUCUUUUAUUUUGGUAGUGUAGAGUUACUCAGUGGCUCUUAGAGCUGGCCAUGUGACGGUAAAGCAUCUAUAGUUGAGGAACGAGUUCCUAUGGUUACAGUGCGUCGGGUAUAUUCAACAGUUUGUUAAUUCUCUGCCACUUGUUACUCAUUGUUAAUUUUCAAAAAUAAUAAUAACAAUAAUCAAAUUCGAUCACUUCGAAAGUAAAUCAUAAAGCCAAAAUGGGCUUCUCAUCGGCGUUGCAGAGCCGUGCAGCUCAUGAAGCGUUGAUCGUCAGGCAAGAUGCAGAACUGCGUCUUAUGGAGACCAUGAAGCGAUCCAUUCAAUUGAAAGCCAAGUGCGACAAGGAAUACGCUAUCAGUUUGGCUGCGGUUGCUCAACAGGGACUUAAAAUUGAUCGAGCUGAUGACAUGCAAGGCAGUCUCAUCACAAAGUCUUGGCGAUCUUACAUGGAUGAGCUUGACCAGCAAGCGAAGCAGUUUAAAUUGAAUGCCGAACAACUUGAAGUUAUUUGCGACAAGUUGGCUCACCUCUCACAAGACAAACGCAAAGCGCGCAAGUCUUAUCAGGAGGAGCACAGCAAAAUUGCAGCACGUCUGAAUCAUCUGACGGACGAAGUAGUGCGAAAGAAGUCAGAAUACCAAAAGCAUCUGGAAGGUUAUAAGACGUUGCGCACACGUUUCGAGGAACACUACAUAAAAGCACCUGGUCGAAGUGGUCGCAAGCUGGACGAUGUGCGGGAUAAGUACCAAAAGGCCUGCCGUAAAUUGCAUCUGACACACAAUGAAUAUGUGCUUUCCAUUACGGAGGCCAUUGAAGUCGAGAAAGAUUUCCGCACAGUGCUGCUACCAGGCCUACUUGAGCAUCAACAAUCUGUCCAGGAAAGCUUCAUACUCCUGUGGAGAAAUAUAUUAUUGGAAGCGGCACAGCAUGGCGAUCUGACUGCUGAUAAAUAUAAAGAGAUCCAGAAACGCAUUGACACCGUGAUAGGCGGUAUCAAUCCGACCGAGGAGUAUGCAGAGUUCACUGAAAAACACAAAACAUCACCAACAACGCCGUUGCAAUUUCAAUUCGACGAGUCAUUAAUCGAAGAUAUACCUGGCAAACUGACCGCUAGCACUCUGACAGUUGACAAUCUGACAGUUGAUUGGCUACGAACUCGACUAACGGAACUGGAAUUGGCGGUGAAGGAAUGCCAGGAGCGGCAAUUGAAGGUGAUUGAGCAUGUGAAUGGUGGCUCCCCGGUGGCCAAUGGAAGCGUCAUUUCCAAUGGUAGCAUGGCAUCUAAUGGCAUUCAGUCCAACAAGGAUAGUCAGAAUCGACAAUCAAAAGACCUCAAUGCACUGCGUUGUCAGGAAAAGCAGAAACAAAAACUAGUGGACAUGAUCAAGUUUUCAUUGAACGAAGUCGGCUGUGAGGAGCUACCGUCUGGUUGCGAUGAUCACCUUUCGUUAGAACACAACUUUAUCGAUCAUGGCUUCAAUAACGAACAACAGCGCUCCAAUUCCACUAGCUCCCCAGGCAUGGGAAUUAUGAAUGAACUGAUGCGUAGAGGUGGAGUUCUCACUCUGCUGCGAGGACGUGGUCGUCACUUCAAGCGUAAGUCGACACCUCAGCCAACGACACCCAUGUCAAGAUCACGACAUGGCAGAUACUCGAAGCUGCAACCGCGAUCACAAAGCCUAGGAUCGCUUUCGGUAAUUAAGGAUGUGCGACGUUACGAAACCAUUACUAACCCCCUGCGUUUGGCUGCCAGCGUACACUAUCUCGGCGAGGAGAUUGUGUUUAGCUCGAUGCCGUUACCUCCGUUACGUCGCACGCAAUGUUCUAUGUUGUGUUUGGGGGAGGACGAAAAGCUUCCGGAAUCGUUGCCAGCCCCGCUCAGCGCUUCAGUUUCUGUCAUUACUAAUACUAACAAUGAUCACCUUUAUUCGGAAUUGGAGACUAGAAAACCCAGCAAUGGCGAUUCGGACAGCAUUAUUAGCGCAGAAGAGUUAGCAUAUAAAAGUGUGCAAGUAAAAAUCGAAAUCAAUAACUUGGAUGCUAUUGACGACAGUUCAGUGCCUCAAAGUUCCAUUGACGCACAUCUGGACAAGAUUGAUGAGCUGAAUAGGGUGCUGGAUGAUCGCUACAAACGCAAUAUACACCCGCUAUCUCACAACGAUGUGAAUAACAUAGAAAGUGCCGAUGAAACUCAAUUACCAACUCGCUCGACACACGACGUUGCUGAUUGCCAAACUAAACGUAGCUCCAGCUCUAGCUCGGAAUGGCCUUUACAUCUUAGCCCUAAGGAAAGCGGCCAGACCAAAAAACGCUCAUUAUCUUUUACUCAAAAAUCAAUCAAUAACAUACUUAGUAACAUAAAGGAAUUUUCCAAAAGUCCACUGACACGCAUGACUAAGAAUCCGAUUCUUAGUGAGGAACCAAAUGUGCCAAAGAUACACCCUGAUAAGGCAGCCAAUUCGCAGUUUGCGAACAGCAUCGAGAGUCCAACUCAACACACUGCUCACAACAAUAAUAAUAUUAAUAUCAUUCCCAAUCCCUGUCAGUCGACAAUCAUCACCAGCACCACCGCGACAACCUUAACAACAUCAACAACAACAUCCAGUAAGACGCCGUCCAAGGAAAUAUCAAGUCUGAAAUUUAAAGUGCCAAAAAUACAAAAGCAAUCGAAAGCCAUUCGGAAUACAUUUCGUAGCAAGUUACUCAACUUUCAGUUGAAACGUUCCAAGCCCUGUAAACAGUGCACGAAGCGACGUCGCAUUCAUCCCAGCAGGAGUGUAUUUGACUUCUCUAAGCAAUUUGAAGCAGAUCCUACGGCACAGAGCGAUCAAGACCAAUUUUGUAGCUGUCCGCCACCGUCGGCAAAAGCGGGUGCAAUGGGAAUAUUGGGCCAGAACAUUGAGGCAUUUGCGAUGCACAGCUCUGAGAAUCUAAAUGAUAAUGACGAGGACAACGACGGUAGCAGCAGCGAUGAUAUGCUCAGCAUUAAAGACCAUUGUUAUUGCGUGCCCAGUUUGGCAGCAAGUAUUUCACUUUCUACAAAUCGUCCGCUUUACGAAGAGGAAUGGUUUCACGGCGUCCUGCCGCGCGAGGAAGUGGUACGUCUCUUAAAUAUCGACGGUGAUUUUCUAGUACGUGAGACUAUACGAAACGAGGAGAGCCAAAUCGUUUUGAGUGUUUGCUGGAAUGGUCACAAGCAUUUCAUAGUGCAGACCACGGGCGAUGGACACUUUCGCUUUGAAGGGCCACCCUUUCCCAGCAUACAGGAACUGAUCAUGCAUCAGUUUCACUCCGAGCUGCCAGUCACAGUCAAAUCCGGUGCUAUUCUCCGCCGUCCAGUUUGUCGCGAGUGCUGGGAGCUUAGCAACGAUGAUGUGGCACUUCUUGAAAAGAUCGGCAGGGGUAACUUCGGCGACGUAUACAAAGCCAAGCUAAAGUCUACCAAACAGGAUGUCGCUGUAAAAACCUGCCGAAUGACACUACCAGAUGAACAGAAGCGAAAAUUCUUACAAGAGGGUCGCAUCCUAAAACAGUAUGAUCAUCCAAACAUUGUCAAGCUUAUUGGAAUUUGCGUCCAAAAGCAACCGAUUAUGAUUGUCAUGGAAUUAGUGCCGGGUGGGUCCUUGCUUAAUUAUCUACGCAAAAACUCUAAUGGACUCUCCACACGUCAACAGAUGGGCAUGUGUCGUGAUGCUGCGGCAGGCAUGCGAUAUCUUGAGUCAAAGAACUGUAUACAUCGAGAUCUGGCUGCUCGAAAUUGUCUUGUUGACUUUGAGCAUACCGUUAAAAUUUCAGAUUUUGGCAUGUCUCGCGAGGAGGAAGAAUACAUUGUCUCCGAUGGCAUGAAACAAAUACCUGUUAAGUGGACUGCCCCCGAAGCUCUUAAUUUUGGCAAAUAUACUUCGCUUUGUGAUGUCUGGUCAUACGGUAUUCUGAUGUGGGAAAUAUUCUCUAAAGGCGAUACACCCUAUUCAGGAAUGAGCAAUUCACGUGCCAGAGAACGUAUCGAUACAGGUUAUCGUAUGCCAACACCAGAAAAUACACCACCAGAGAUGUAUCGGCUGAUGCUUAAAUGCUGGGCCGCUGAUGUUGAAUCUCGUCCCCAUUUUGACGAGAUCUACAAUGUUGUUGAUGCGCUAAUCUUGCGUUUGGAAAACAGUCAUUAAGAAAGCACAUUAGAUAAAUAGGGGAGAUUGCAAUGUGUUUAAAAAUCUACUAUAUUUUCUAAAACAUACUCAAUGCAGUUUUUAUAGAGUGCUUUUAAAGUACGAGUAUGUCACUCCAUUUAGAAUUUAAAAACGAGACGCCUGUAUUUAUAAAAUACAAUAAUUUAUAAUAUACUAUAAAAAUACUUCGCAUCUACGCAUAUGUUUUUAAAAUGUGAAAGAAGUAGAAUGAUAUUUAUAUAAAAAUUAAUAUGAAUAUUGAAAUAUAUAUUUUAUAGUCGUUUAACUGAAGCCCCAAUUGUGUGUGUUUAAAUGUAUUUGUGCGAUUUGUAUGUGUGUGUGUGUAUCUUGUGACGAAUGUGCCAAAAAUGAGGGAAAAUAAGUCCGGAAAACUUUACGAAACUAAUAGUGUGCUUGUAAUGAACUAUUUAUCUUAAGUUCAUAAAUAUAUUUAUAAAAUUAAUUCGUUAUAUUUAGUAUCAAAAAAAUUGUAUAUUAUUCAGACUAUUGACUAAUACGUAUUGAAUUGUAUAUUUAUUCAGCGCUAUUUACAUUUAUACAACAUUUUAUUUUUA